AAAUAGUUUUGGAAGAAAUUGAGGGUAGUUUGGUAAGACCGAGGAUGGGAAAUGGUGUUCAUUCCUGGCACUUGUUGAAACAAGUUGCGAGUUACAACCUUUUUAAGCAAAGCAGGACUCUUUCUCGCACUUCCAUACCCAUCAUCAUGAUCUCCGCAACCAGAUGCACCUUCCUGGGUUGCUCAGGAUUAGGUGGGAGUGGUAACAUCUGUGGUGGACAGAGAAGGGGUUAUGGACCUUGGAGGGUGACGUGUAUGUCACCAAUCAAUGAUAGAAAUGGCAGUGUUGUUAAUGUGAUGGAGACACCUUUGAAAGAAAUUAAAAAGGAAGCAGUGGUGGAAGAUGUGGAUGAUAAUCCGAUCUCCGGUGGCGGUCCUCGCGAUGUUUAUGGCGAGGAUAAGGCCACUGAGGAUCACUUUGUGACUCCUUGGAGUGUUUCUGUUGCUAGUGGUUAUACAUUGUUGCGAGAUCCACACUUCAACAAAGGGUUGGCCUUCACUGAAAAAGAGAGGGAUGCACACUACUUGCGUGGUCUUCUUCCCCCAACAACUAUUCCUCAAGAAACUCAGGUGAGGAAAAUGAUCCAGCACAUACGCCAAUAUCAAGUUCCGCUGCAGAGAUAUAUGGCAAUGAUGGAUCUUCAGGAAAGAAAUGAACGUCUGUUUUACAAACUUCUCAUUGAUCACGUUGAAGAAUUACUCCCAAUUGUGUAUACUCCAACUGUUGGUGAGGCUUGCCAGAAAUACGGGGACAUUUUUAUGCGUCCACAGGGUCUUUAUAUAAGUUUGAAAGAGAAGGGGAGGAUUCAAGAAGUACUGAGAAACUGGCCUGAGAAGAACAUUCAAGUCAUAGUCGUAACUGACGGAGAACGGAUCUUGGGUCUUGGGGAUCUAGGUUGUCAGGGAAUGGGAAUACCUGUGGGAAAACUUUCUUUAUAUACUGCACUAGGAGGAGUUCGUCCUUCAGCUUGCCUGCCUAUUACUAUUGAUGUCGGGACAAACAACGAGAGGCUGCUCAAUGAUGAAUUAUAUAUCGGGCUAAAGCAAAGACGAGCAACUGGGCAGGAAUAUUCUGAACUCAUGCACGAAUUUAUGACUGCAGUCAAGCAAACUUACGGUGAAAAAGUCUUAAUUCAGUUUGAAGACUUCGCGAACCACAAUGCUUUUGAUCUGCUUGAAAAAUAUAGAUCAACACAUCUGGUUUUCAACGACGAUAUUCAGGGAACGGCAUCGGUUGUUCUUGCUGGACUAGUUGCAGCUUUGAAAUUGGUUGGGGGAAACUUAGCUGACCACAAAUUCUUAUUCCUUGGUGCCGGCGAGGCGGGCACUGGAAUUGCAGAGCUCAUUGCACUUGAAACAUCUAAACAGACAAAUGCCCCAUUGGAUGAAGUGCGCAAGAAUAUUUGGUUGGUGGACUCAAAGGGAUUGAUUGUCAGUUCCCGUAAAGAAUCACUCCAACAUUUCAAGAAGCCGUGGGCUCAUGAACACGAACCUGUUAAAAACCUUCUUGAUGCUGUUAAUAAAAUUAAGCCAACAGUGCUUAUUGGAACAUCGGGACAAGGAAGUGCGUUUACCAAAGAGGUGGUUGAGGCGAUGGCCUCUAUUAACGAGAAACCUAUUAUUCUUUCUCUUUCCAACCCAACGUCACAGUCCGAAUGUACUGCUGAAGAAGCUUAUACGUGGACACAGGGACGUGCGAUCUUUGCAAGUGGGAGCCCAUUUUCGCCGGUUGAAUAUAAGGGGAAAGUGUUUGUGCCUGGCCAGGCAAAUAAUGCAUACAUAUUCCCUGGGUUCGGCCUAGGUUUAAUAAUGUCUGGGACCAUUCGUGUACAUGACGACCUGCUUCUUGCUGCCUCUGAGGCAUUGGCUGAACAAGUAUCAGAAGAGAACUUUGAGAAGGGUUUGAUAUUCCCACCAUUCACCAACAUCAGAAAGAUAUCAGCUCACAUAGCUGCCAAAGUUGCUGCUAAGGCUUAUGAGCUUGGCUUGGCCACUCGCCUUCCACAGCCAAAAGAUUUGGUGAAGUUUGCCGAGAGCUGUAUGUAUACCCCGGCCUACAGAAGCUACCGGUGAUACAACAAGACAAUAAUACCUCCAUUUUCUUUUUCAUGAAAUAAUUUUACUGGCAAUUUUUUAAUUUUUUAUUUUCUUUUUCAUGUUUUGUUUUUACAAGUCAUAAUUGUAUUGGGUGGGUUAGUAAGGAAAUUAGGAAGGUGUAGUGGUAGUUGGACUGCUAAGGGUAGCUUGAAAAGUUAUGCUAAAAAAUAUUAUUUUCUCUUUGUUUGACGGUAUUCAAAUUUAGAAAUGGAAGCAUUUUAAACAGUCA